AUAAAUAACGCAUGGAGGGAGCCCGCGAUAUCCUCACGGAGGCGUUGGAAAACUGUAGUGGAGGGUGAAGGCGAGCGAGGAAAAAAGUUCGCAUUUUAUAAGGUUUAUUAAUUUAACUCUACAGGAAAAGUUUAAGAAUGCCUCGUGUAUACGUAGGCAGGCUGAGCUAUCAUGUCCGUGAAAAGGACAUCCAGAGGUUCUUCAGCGGCUAUGGCAAACUGCUGGAAAUCGACCUGAAAAACGGGUAUGGUUUUGUGGAGUUUGAGGAUACCCGUGAUGCUGAUGACGCUGUAUAUGAGCUGAACGGGAAGGAGCUAUGUGGCGAGCGUGUGGUGGUCGAGCAUGCCAGGGGCCCCCGUCGAGACCGGGAUGGAUAUGGUGGGGGUUGGGGUUCUGGGCGCAGUAGUAGUGGUUAUAGCAGCAGGAGCCGCUCAGGCAGAGACAAAUAUGGGCCACCUGUCCGCACAGAAUACCGACUGAUUGUGGAGAACUUGUCCAGUCGCUGCAGCUGGCAGGACCUCAAGGACUUCAUGCGUCAGGCUGGUGAGGUCACUUACGCCGACGCCCACAAGGAACGGACAAACGAAGGUGUGAUCGAGUUUCGCUCCUACUCGGAUAUGAAGAGGGCCCUGGACAAGUUGGAUGGUACUGACAUCAAUGGGAGGAAAAUCCGUCUGGUGGAGGAUAAACCCAAACGGCGUCGCUCAUACUCGGGCAGCAGGUCCAGGUCCCGCAGCAGACGCCGUUCUCGCAGCAGAAGCCGUAGGAGCAGGAGCUCAAGAAGCCACUCAAGGUCUCGCUCUCGCUCCCGAUCCCACAGCAAGCGUCGUUCCCACUCCAGGUCCAAGAGAAAGUCCCAUUCCAAGUCUCCAUCCAAAUCCCGCUCCAAGAAGUCCCGUUCUCGAUCUCGCUCCCGCAAGUCACACAGUCGCUCGGCAAGUCGCAAGUCACGCUCAAAGAGCCAGUCCAAGCCCCGAUCUGACCGCGGCUCUCGUAGCCGCUCCAAAGAAAAGUCUGUGAGCAAGAAAUCCCGCAGCCGCUCGGCGUCACCGAUGGAGAAUGGAGACAAAAAAUCCCCCUCCCGUUCUCCUUCUCCACAUGAGGAACGCAAUCGCUCCAAAUCGCCCAUGAAGCGAUCUCCAUCUCGCUCUCCAUCUCGGUCCAAAUCCCGCUCGCGCUCCAGAUCUGCCUCGCAGGACUGAGUCUGAAAGAUAAAUUGUGUGCCAUCUUGUAGUUCUGAAAGUUGGCACUUGAUAAAGGUGCACAUGCAUCAUGUUUAGAUCAGAUCAUACAUGUUUGACGUUGCAUGAGAACUUGAGGACUGAAGUGUAAAUACUGAAUGGGUACCAGAUUUGUAAAUGAAUUCUCUGUAGUUGUUUUUUUGUUUUUUGUCCCCCCCUCUCUCUCUCCCCUCUUCUCUUCCUUUUCCCUUUCUGAAAUUUCAAAUGUGUUUUUGGAAAUACAGUUCCUGCAUCAGUGGUCAUACUGACUGCAGAACCUUUACACCCAUGAUUUAAUAAAAAAAAAAAAAAAAAAAAAGAAUUCUUGCUUGUCUAAAGUGUAAUAAUUUUCUGAGACACAAGGGUUUUAUUUUGCCUGCUUAAAUGUGAGUAUUGUGAAAUAGUUUAGCUUUAAGUCACUUGCAAUUUGUUAAUUGUUUACAGGCUGGCGCAGUAGUCUGGAUAAUUAGUAACUUGAUUCUGUGUAGGAUUCAGUAAUGUCUUGUUGGCAUUAUCAAAGCCCUCUGGGGUCUAAAAUUGAAUUUCGUGUAAUAUUAAAUAGUAAAUGUCUAUAGAUCUGGACUUUUGGACUAGCCUGUAUAUUGCUGUACAGAAACUGAAGUUCUUGUUUUGAUUUUUUUUU